AUUAUUAUGUACACCAAUAGAGCAGCGCUGGUAGACUCUUUAAUCGUUUCACUUCCUGUUUUUUCCUGACUGAGCUGCUGCCGUCACUGUGAAGCAGGACAGCUCUUCGACUCCGCUCUCCAUCAGCUUAUCAGGACGAGUGACUGCAUUACCUCCAAAUGGCCGCCCAGUGGCUGAGCUGCAGUACUGCAGUGUUUCUACUCUUGGUUCACAUGGACUCGGUUGUCACACAGUCCUGUGGGGCCCCAGGGAUUCCUGGGAUACCAGGUACCCAUGGACCCAACGGCAAAGACGGUCUCAAGGGAGAGAAGGGAGACCCUGGUGAGGCAGUUCAGCCUGUCAAGGGCCAGAAGGGGACGCCGGGUCCACGGGGCCCACCAGGACGGCCUGGGCUGAAGGGGGACGUGGGCCUUCCGGGGCCUGCGGGUUAUGCAGGCCGGCCAGGGGAGAAGGGAAGGCCCUUCAACCCUUCCAACCAGCAGAAAUCCUUCUUCUCCUACAAACGGAUGAUAUCGCAGGCACCAGAGCUCGAUACUGCCAUGAACUUCAACAGACAGAUUUUGCCAGACCUGGAUCAACAGCUUCAAGGAGAUGCGCUGACAAAUGGAACCUUCACAUGUCUCGUCAAAGGCAUUUAUUUCUUCAGUUACCACGUUUCAGCAAGGAGCAAAGUGUGCCUGAAGCUGGUGAAGGGCAGUGACAGUCACAUGGAGCUGUGUGAUGCAUUUGAAGGUUUCCUGGUCACUUCCGGCUCGGCAGUCCUGUCGCUGGAGGCCGGAGACACGGUCUCAGUGCAGGCAACCAAGUACAAUAACAUAGUGACGAGCCAGUCGAGCACCAGCCACACCUUCACCGGCUUCCUGAUCUUCCCCACCGCCUGAAGCUAUAAAAUCACGUCACAAUAAACAGACUUUUCGGAGACAUUUACAGCAAUUAAAUGUGUGUUUUCUGUAAUUGUACAAAGGUCAGCAAAAUUAAUAAAGAUUGACUUCAUUCGUGGCA